AUGAGCGCUCAGAGCAAAAAGAACAUCAAAUGGGUUGAGGGCCUCCGUGGCAUCACCUCCGCCCUCGUUAUCGCGACACAUCUUGCCCGAGCGUUGGACUUUCCGCUCUUCUGGCCUGCCGAUGUUAAGGACGGCGCCCCGAGGUUGCUACAAAUUCCAUACCUUCGAAUUCCCUGGCAGGGUCGUCUCGGCGUUCCGAUCUUCGCCUUCCUCACAGGCUUCGUCUGCGCGGCCAAGCCCUUGAAGCUCGCAUACAUCCAAGGGAACCACUCGGCCUCCCUCAAGACCGUCGCCCGGUCUGCCUUCCGACGACCCCCUAGGCUGGUCCUCCCGGCCGUCAUCGCCACCCUCAUCAGCUUCGUGCUGUCCAUCUUCGGCGCCUACACUGCCUCCAACCGUUGCGACAGCUUCUGGGUCCGCUUCGACGCCCCCGACCCCAAACCUCUCGGCGAGAACUUUCGCAGGCUGUUUAGAGCCCUGCUUGCGACUUGGACCACCACUGAGAAUGUUUACGACAGACAUCAGUGGGCUAUGCGCCCCUUGCUGAUUGGAGCCUUCCAGGUCUACAUUGUCCUCGCCGCCACCAUUGGCAUGCGCUUCCGUUACCGCAUCCUCGUUCACGUCCUGUUGGUUGCCUACUGGUUGUUGAACACUGGAGCUCUGACCGGUACGUCAUCGCCCCUAUUCCCCAAAUGCACUCCACCCGCAUGCGCUAACCAACCGUCCCUUGCAGAAACCUUCGGUGCCAACCUCGCCCUCGGUACCCUUCUUGCCGAGCUCUCCCAGCACCGUCCCACCCAAAACUUCAUCGCCAAGUACCAACGCAUCCUCUCUUACAUCAUUGUGCCCAUCAUCCUCCUCAUCGGUGGCUACGUCGGCUCCUACCCGCACGAGCAUGAGGACUGGGCGCCCUGGUCUCUGCGUCUGCAUAAGUUCCUCGUCGAUCCUGCCGGUGACGGUUCGCGCGGCUCGUUCAUUGUUCCUAAGGGGUCCAAUGCCGGUCGCCGCACCAGCGCCUUCAUGAUCCAAUGCGUCGCCAACCUGCUCUCGCACCGCCUUCUCCUCUGGCUCGGUCACCACUCCUUCGCCGUCUACCUCACCCACGGCACCAUUCUUAGGACUUUGGGCAUGUGGAUCGUCUAUGGUAUUACCGGUCAGCCGUGGGAGGACCCCGGAAAGAACGAGGACGGAUCGCCCAAGGAGCCCAAGUGGUUGCACCCCAAGUCCACGGGCCACAAGAUUGCUUCCAUUAUUAUCUUCACUACCGUCACGUACAUUGCUGCGUGGGCGUGGAUGAAGUGGGUCGAUACCGCGUGCGCCAGGGCUACGCAGUGGUUGGAGAAGAAGGUGUUUGAUGAUGAUGAGGGAAUUGAGGGAGGAAAGGCUGGAGUCGCGGAAAAGGGAUAUGCGAAUGGAGGUGCCAGCACCAGGGAGCAUGCGCAGCCGUUGUUGAACGGGGGUGAGGCGAGAGUGCCUCCUCCUUAA